ACUUCAACAUGUUCAACUUUAAACACACACACACAUACAUCCUACCAAAAGGUCUGAAGCUGUGUUUGUUAUUUUGGAAAUCAGACAGAAAAUACAUUUGUAUUAAUUUUAAAUCAAGCUAGCUUAAUGGCAACUGGCUACUAUUGUUGCGACCAGUCAGGGUUGUCCAGCCUGGUCCCUAGUUAGGUAGCUAGCUAACCAGCGUUGUUAAGUCGCAGUUUAUAUAUUAACUUUGAGUCGUUAAAUCAUGGAUGUGUAGUUUCCAUAUACAAAACAGGCAACAUGAGCGGAUCAUCUGAAAACAGGGAGGAUGGUGGUGUCCACUCUGAUUCUGUGAGCGAAGAGUUGAAUGGCAGUAGUGGUGGAGACGUCUGCAGCAGACAGGAGUCUGAGUCGUACCUGGGCAACAAUGAAAUAAAGAGCUGUGCAGUGGUCAAGUACUCUGCUGCCCCUCCACCCACCACCUACGCACUGCUGCAGGAGAAGACUGACCUUAAACUGCCUCCUGCCAACUGGCUUAGAGAGAACCCCCAGCUGGGAUCAGCAGGAACCACUGUUCUAGGAUCCAGCAGCAAAAGCAAGCCAUUCUCCAGUUUUGGGAUGGCUUAUGAAUUCAUCGACUCCAUUGGUGACGAUGUUGAUGUGGUGUCAGACUCAGAGAACAUCAAGAAGCUGCUGAAAAUUCCCUACAGUAAGUCCCAUGUCAGCAUGGCGGUUCACCGUGUGGGCCGAACUCUCCUCCUGGAUGAACUGGACAUCCAGGAGCUCUUCAUGAAGUCUUCACAGACGGGCGAUUGGGCGUGGCUGAAGGAGUUCUACCAGAGGCUGAUCGACCAGAAGUGGCAAAGGAAGAAGAAGAGUAAAGAGCACUGGUACCAAAAAGCCAUCCUGUCCAAAUUCCUUUACUACAGUAUUAAUGGGGACGGAGCUGCGGAACAGGUCCAGGAGCACCCAGACGAGCAGGGCGAGGAGGAGUGUGAGGCGGAGGAGUUUGCCCCCUCCUGGCCCGCCACCUUCACCAGCGCCAGCUCCGACGCGGAUGAGUCCGGCGCACACAAAGGGCAAUGUGAUUCCAUGGAGAACCAGUACGCCUUGGGUCAGGUGACCUCGGUCCUCAAAGAACAGAACCUUCCAAUGCUUUUUAACGAGGGGGAAAGCAGUCAGGGUCUGAGGAAUGACUUUGUGCGUAACAUUAUGUGGACCUUUGAGGACAUCCACAUGCUGGUGGGCUCCAACAUGCCAAUAUUUGGAGGAGGACGCUACCCAGCUGUCAGUUUACGACUCAGGGACAACAAUAAACCGAUCAAUAUUCUCACGGGUAUAGACUACUGGCUGGACAACCUGAUGUGCAACGUUCCAGAACUAGUCAUGUGCUUUCAUGUUAAUGGUAUCGUCCAGAAAUAUGAAAUGAUAAAGACUGAGGACAUCCCCGAUCUGGACAACUCCACUUUCUCCACCAGGGUGGUUAAAGACAUUGCCCAGAACAUCUUGUCCUUCCUCAAGUCCAACUGCACCAAAGAGGGUCACACCUACUGGCUCUUCAAAGCCAGUGGAAGUGACAUCGUGAAGCUGUAUGACCUCACCACUCUCUGUGAGGAGGCAGCAGAGGAGAAGUGCCAGAACCCCUUCACUCUCCCGGUGGCUGUUCUGCUCUACAAAGUGGCCAGCAACAUGAUGCUGAAGACCAACCAGAACAGGAAGCACUAUGGCACAAUCAGAACACUGCUGCUCAACUGUGUCAAGCUGUUGGACCAGGAGAGACACCCCCAGAUCAUCGCCUCGGCCCACUACAUGCUGUCAGAGCUGUUCCAGUUGGACGAGCCCCCCGAGGAGGAUGGCGGCGAGUCUCUGCAGGGAGGGGGGUCGGAGGACAGCUAUAGCGAGGAGGAGGAGGAGGAAGAGGAGGAGGAGGAUGAAGAAGAGGACCUGCCGGAGGACAGCGACGAGAACGGCUCUUACAGCACCUGCUCCAACCUGCCCGACGACAGUAAGGCCGUCGCCAUCAUCAAGUCUGUAUGGGAGCUGUCCGUGCCCGAGAAGUACAAGUCCACCCACCAGAUUCGGCCGAGCUAUGCUUUCGCCGUCUCUCAAGACAAGGAGGAGAAAUGUCGCCAUGUCCUCAGCUACGUGUUGAAGGGCCUGAAGGCGGUGGACGGGAGCAUCAAGAAGGAGAGCGACCUGCCGGCGGCCGAUCCCAACACCCCCAUCCCCCUGAAGUACGAGGACAGGAGCGCCAGCGGGGCCUGCGGCGCGGAGAAAGGCAUCGCCCUCCUCCUGGACCGAGUGGGUCCCUUCCAGGAGGACCAGAAGCUCCCCACCAGGUCGGGGAUGAUCCCCGGGUCUUGGCAGCACCGGAUGAAGCUGCAGCUCUUCUUCAAGGCCUCCAAGGCCUACUACGUCCUGUCCGACGCCGCCACCAACCUGCUCAAGUACGGACGGGCGCUGCGCUACAUCAAGCUGGCCCUGCAGUGUCACGACGCCUACUGUUCGGUGAGCAGCACUCUGCACCCGAGGGUGCUGCUGUUCCACAGCCAGUGUCUCUCUCUGUGUGGGGACAUCCAGCUGAUGCUGGCCCAGAACGCCAGCAACCGCGCCGCCUACCUGGAGGAGUACAACUACCAGACCAGGGAGGACCAGGAGAUCCUGCACAGCCUGCAGAGAGAGAGCAGCUGCCAGGCCUUCAACAUGGCCACAGAGCUGGCCAUGGACCCGGAGUACCAGCUGUUUGUCAGCAGCAAGUGUUACGAGGCGGCCCACGAGCUGCUGACCUCGGGGGCGGUGAAGGAGCACGGGCCGGAGCAGCAGCCCCAGGUGCUGAAGAGGCUGGGCAACAUCCGCAACGAGAUCGGCGUCUUCUACAUGAACCAGGCGGCCGCCAUGCAGACGGAGAAGGAAGCGAAGAAGUCCGUGUCCGUGGCAGAGCAGGAGAUGUGGAAGAAGAGCUUCUCCUGCUUCGAGAAGGGCAUGGAGGACUUUCACGCCAUAGGCGACCUCACCAACACGGCCCUGCUGCUGUGCAACACCGGCAGGCUGAUGAGGAUCUGUGCCCAGGCGCACUGCGCCGUGUCUGCGGACCAGAGCAGGGGCGAGUUCUCCCCAGAGGAGGCCCUCUACUACAAUAAGGCCAUAGACUACUACCAGAGGGCUAUGAAGUCUCUGUCCACCAGGGGGAGCCACCCAGCAGUGUGGGACAGUGUUAACUGGGAGCUGUCCACCACCUACUUCACCCUGGCCACCUUGCUGCAGGACUACGCCCCUCUGUCCAGGAAGGCCCAGGAGCAGAUUGAGCGUGAGGUGACCGAGUCCAUGAUGAAGUCUCUGAAGUACUGCGACCUGCAGACCGAGUCGGCCCGCCAGCCCCUCUACCAGUACCGGGCCGCCACCAUCCACCACCGCCUGGCCUCCAUGUAUCACAGCUGCUUCCGGAACCAGGUGGGGAACGAGCACCUGAGGAAGCAGCACCGCAGCCUGGCGGAGCUGCACUACAGCAAGGCCAUCCGCCUCUUCCUCAGCCUGAAGGACGCUCCCUGCGAGCUGCUGCGCACCCUGCUGGAGAGAGUGGCCUUCGCCGAGUUCACCAUGACAAGUCAAAGCAGCAGCGGGGCCAAGCUGAAGACCCUGACUGGAGCUCUGGACGUCCUGUCUGAUACCCAGCAUGCCUUUCAGCUCAUCCACAAGGAGCUGCAGGAGGAACACACAGAGAAGGAAGGCGCAGACGGCCCAGAGUUUGCUGGUUCUGCCAGCAGCGCUGAUGCUACUGUCUCUUUAGGGAUGAACGUACAGGAAGUGAUGACGUUGAUUGGCGUGUUCGAGCCCAGCUUCUCCUUCCUCCUUUUGCAGCUGAUCAAGCUGAUGGCCGCCAUGAAGCGCAAGCCAAGCAAUAAGGACGAGGAGCUUCUGAAGACCUACAAGAACGUGUACUCCAAGCUACUGCGAGCGGACAAGACCGCUCCUCUCCUCGCCCGCAUCGAGCACCACCUGGAGCUCCUGCACCUGCUGACCCCACACGCAGGCAGCUGUAGAGACGUCGUCGCGUCCUCGUGAUGAGACCGGUGACAAGGACGCACACACCCUCAGGAUUCCGCUUCCCACCCAGACGUAGCUUCUGCGCGAGAGCGGCGUCACCAGCUGUGCCUUAGUCUACCGAGCGAUCGGCAGUGAUUAAGACACUAGGAUCAUUUUGCCUUUUUAAAUUGUACAUCUGACUUGGUUUUGUAAAAGAUCACAGGUACAUUUGGACACUUCUUUGUACGCCCUAUAGCUACGGAGCAAAUCGUUUAUUAAGAAAAUGCUAGGAAGCAUGGCUUAAUUUUCGGACUUUGCUGAUAGGAAUAAUGCUGUGAAGAGAGCGGUGCUCGGUUGCUUGUUUUAAAGGUUGAAACAUUUUUACAGUAUUAUAUUUCAGAUCUUUUCUUCUAAACACGUAUGUGCAAUAAUCUGGCAAAGUUCCAUACAAACCGCGACUUGGCGUGUCCAGGUUGCUUUAUAUUUAUGUUUGAGUGUGUCAGCAUGUUUGCCCAGACUCAAAAUAAAACUUCAGUGCUUAUUUA